AUGCCUCUCUGGAUAAUCUACCAUCCACCCACCACCUUCACCACCCCCUCCACCAAAUCCGCCCUCUCACAGGCCAUAACCAAAAUCUAUACCGCUGCCAACCUCCCCGCCUUCUACGUAAACGUCCUCUUCAUCCCCAUCGAACCCAACUCCUACUACAUUGGUGGCGUCUCCCGCCCCUCCGCGUCCGCGAAACCCUGGAUCCGCAUCACGAUCCAGAAUAUCGCUCGCACGUUGCCGAACGAGGAAGUGCGGGACAAGUUCUUGGGUAGGAUUGAUGAGGCACUGAAGCCGUUUAUUGAAGACCAAGGGUAUGAUUGGGAGUACAGCGUUGAGGAGACUAGGAGGGAUUUGUGGAAGAUGAAUGGGCUUGUACCGCCGAUGCCGGGGACGAAGGCUGAGGCGAAGUGGGCUGAGGAGAAUAGGGCUGUUAAGUUCGAGAAGGAGGAGGGGGGCCUG